CUUAUCUUACCCUUUCUGGAGCUGGAUAUAAAGUACUUUGACCUUGGCCUUCCCCACCGUGAUGCCACAGAUGAUAAGGUUACAAUUGAAAGUGCUGAAGCUACUUUGAAGUACAAUGUUGCAAUUAAAUGUGCAACCAUUACUCCAGAUGAAGCACGCAUGAAGGAGUUCGACUUGAAAUAUAUGUGGAGGAGCCCAAAUGGAAUAAUUAGGAACAUUCUAAAUGGUGAUUAUUGGCAUUUACUGCAGGCAUCUCUCUGCAAAAAUAUACCCCGACUUGUCCCUGGUUGGUCUAAACCGAUAUGCAUUGGUAGACAUGCUUUUGGAGAUCAAUAUCGAGCAACUGAUACAGUUAUUCAAGGAGCUGGAAAACUCAAACUAGUUUUCGUACCGGAAGGGAAGGAUGAGAAGACCGAGUUAGAAGUUUAUAACUUUACGGGUGCUGGUGGAGUAGCUCUAUCCAUGUAUAACACAGACGAGUCCAUUCACUCAUUUGCUGAAGCUUCAAUGAACAUGGCAUUACAAAAGAAAUGGCCUCUCUAUCUUAGUACAAAGAAUACCAUCCUUAAGAAGUAUGAUGGGAGGUUCAAGGACAUAUUUCAAGAGGUUUAUGAAGCAAAUUGGAAGUCAAAGUUUGAGGAAGCAGGAAUCUGGUAUGAACACCGUCUUAUAGAUGAUAUGGUUGCUUAUGCUUUAAAAAGUGAAGGUGGUUAUGUAUGGGCUUGCAAGAACUAUGAUGGUGAUGUACAGAGUGAUUUUCUAGCGCAAGGGUUUGGAUCCCUUGGGUUGAUGACAUCUGUUCUGAUAUGUCCUGAUGGAAAGACCAUAGAGGCUGAAGCAGCCCAUGGAACUGUUACACGCCACUAUAGGGUUCAUCAGAAAGGAGGCGAAACCAGCACAAACAGCAUUGCCUCAAUCUUUCCUUGGACGCGUGGACUUGCACACAGGGGAAAGUUGGACAAUAAUGAAAAGCUCUUAGAUUUCACUGAGAAACUAGAAGCGGCAUGUGUUGGUGCAGUGGAAUCUGGAAAGAUGACGAAAGAUCUAGCACUUAUCAUCCACGGAUCCAAGCUCUCUAGAGAUCAUUACCUAAGCACAGAAGAGUUCAUUGAUGCGGUGGUUGACGAGCUCAAAUCACGACUUCAAAGCUAAUGUAUAAAAUGUGAGAGCAUAUUGUACUGGUUUGUGUCAUGUUCACAGCAUCUACGUGCCUUUUAUUUUACUUAUCAUUGAGAUUGCUAACAUGUUUUGGUAAAUCGCUUAGACGCUUCUUCUACUUUUGUUGGUAGAUUUGGAUGGAAAGGAGCAAUUUUCUGGCAGAUUUGAGGAUGUUGAGAGAGAAAUAAAGGGCUAGGGGCUGAGAACUAAAUGUCCAGAGGUUUAUUUACUGGGUUAGGGGAUUCUACAGUCCUGGCAUUAUGUUAGAAUCAUGAAUCUGAAUUUUCACUGCUAAAUUUGCUGCUUACUUGGCUUAGGGUUACGUCAAUUUGCUUUGGUCCUCUGUUUAUUUUUCUUACUGUGUCUCUUUUGCUUCUAACAGUUCACUUUGGCUCGUGGGGCCACUGAAUUCUUACGGUCAUUACAAAGUGGUUUUUAUUUACUGUUUUGGCAGUUGGCCUAAACUACUAGAUAUAAGAUAGCAAGUUGUAUGAUAGUCACAACAUGUUUGACUUA